GCACGGCCGCUGAGCUGCAAUGUCAUCAUCAUCAUAUUCAUCGUUAUUAUCGCCCUAAUAAGUGAUAUUUCCCGACGGAGCUCAUCCGUGGCGGGAUUCGAGCUAAUCGCGAGCGUUUAUUCAAUGCUUUCCGACUGAAAGAGACGCUGUUGGAGCCCAGUGCGGGACAGAAAGACGAGUGGAAGGUUGUGAAUCUCUGUGAAUCUGAAAAUGGCCGUGUGGCAGCAGUUUGGAUUGCUUCUGUGGAAGAACUAUAUUCAGCAAAAGCGUCAGAUCCUGGUCACGCUGGUGGAGAUCCUUCUGCCGCUGCUCUUCUCAGCCAUCCUGAUCGUCCUGCGACAGAACGUGUCCUUCAUCAACUACCCCAAUGCAACGCACUACCACAGCUUCCCUUUGAGCGACCUGCCGCCCAUACUGUGCUUCCAGGACCUGCAGCUGGCCUACGUGCCUGCAAACGCCAGCGUGGUGCGGCAGAUCACAGAGGACGUGCAGCAGAGCUUGCACGGUUGCAUCAGAGCCGUGCGUGGCUUUGAAACAGAGGAGCAGUUUGAGGAGUUUGUGAAAACUGACCCACAGUCAGGCAAGAUCUUGGCAGCCAUUGUGUUUGAGCACCAGUUCACACACGAUGACGAGCCGCUUCCUCUGCAGGUCAGCUAUCAUCUGCGCUUCACGUACAGCCCCAGAAACGCUCCGGUGCGUGAGAAGUCUGAGCUCAACCCCAACAAUGAUCUGGACUGGCACACGCUCAGUCUGUUCCCGCUGUUCCAGCUGCCCGGGCCCAGAGAACAACACGAGCCACACGGGGGCACACCAGGAUAUCACCGCGAGGGCUUCCUGCAGGUGCAGCAUGCGGUGGACCGGGCCAUCAUGAAGGCCUACAACAGCACGGCGGCGGCGGCCCUCCUCAAGACAGCCCAAGUGCUGCUGGCUCGUUUCCCUUACCCAGCAUUCAUGUACGACGUCUUCAUCCUGGCCAUCCAGAACCAGCUGCCGCUGCUGCUGGUGCUCAGCUUCACCUACACGUCUCUGAACAUCAUCCGAGCUGUAGUACAGGAGAAGGAGAGGAAACUGAAGGAGUACAUGCGCAUGAUGGGUCUCAGCAACUGGUUGCACUGGAGCGCCUGGUUCCUCAUGUUUCUCCUCUUCCUCUCCAUCUCCAUCUUCUUUGUCACCGUGCUUAUCUGCGUCAAGCAGCCCUCAUACUGGUGCAGCAGCCCUCGUGUGACCCUGCUGAAGGAGAAGGAGGAAGAGGAGGAGGCCGAAAAGGUGUCGAAGGGCGAAUUCUUUGAAGAGGAGCCAGCUGGACUGGUCUCGGGGGUCAAGAUCAAACAUUUGGCAAAGGUGUUCAAAGUGGGCAAUAAGACCAAGGAGGCGGUGAGGGAUUUAACGCUCAACAUGUUUGAAGGCCAAAUCACUGUCCUGCUGGGUCACAACGGCGCGGGCAAGACCACCACACUAUCAAUGCUGACCGGCCUUUUCCCGCCCAGCAGUGGUCGUGCGUACAUUAAUGGUUACGACAUAUGUCAGGAUAUGGCUCUGAUCCGCCGCAGCCUGGGCCUGUGUCCGCAGCAUGACGUGCUCUUCGACAACCUCAACGUCCGAGAGCACCUGCUCUUCUACACACAGCUGAAGGGUUAUCCUUGCGAAAAGAUCCCUGAUGAGGUGGACCGCAUCCUUCGGAUCCUGAAUUUGGAGGAUAAGCACCAUGCACGAUCCAAAACCCUCUCUGGUGGGAUGAAAAGAAAGCUUUCCAUCGGCAUUGCUUUAAUUGGAAACUCAAAGGUGGUGAUGUUGGAUGAGCCCACCUCAGGAAUGGACCCCUCAGCCCGCCGGGCCAUCUGGGACCUGCUGCAGGGCGAGAAGCGCGGCCGCACCAUCCUGCUGACCACGCACUUCAUGGACGAGGCCGACCUGCUGGGAGAUCGGAUCGCCAUCAUGGCUAGCGGAGAGCUACAAUGCUGCGGCUCGCCGCUCUUCCUCAAGAAUAAAUACGGUGCUGGUUACCACAUGGUUAUAGUAAAAGAUGCGUUUUGUAAUGUGUCAGAGAUCACCCGUCUAGUGCACAUGUAUGUUCCCGAUGCCACUCUAGAGAGCAGUGCAGGCGCUGAACUCUCGUACAUACUGCCCAAAGAGAGCACCAGCCGGUUUGAGCUGCUGUUUGCUGAGCUGGAGAUGAAUCGAGACGAGUUGGGCAUCGCCAGCUACGGGGCGUCUGUUACCACCAUGGAGGAGGUUUUUCUCAGGGUCGGGAAGCUCGUGGACUCCAGUCUGGAUAUUCAGGCCAUCCAGCUUCCUGCUCUGCAGUACCAGCAUGAACGGCGGUCACAUGACUGGACCAUGGAUGACUCCAGCAGCAUCAGUGGCAUGACAGACGUGACGGAUUUCACGGACAGCGGCACUAUGAUCUCAGAGGACGGCUCCAACAUCAAACUCAACACUGGGGCCAGGCUCUAUAUGCAGCAGUUCUACGCUAUGUUCCUGAAGAGGGCGCUCUACAGCUGGCGCAACUGGAAAGUGAUGGUGGCUCAGUUUCUGGUGCCGCUCAUUUUCACUGUGUUGGCCCUCGUAGUAGCCCGCGCCCUCCCUGGAAGCCAAAUCACGCCCCAGCUACGUCUGGCGCUAAAACAAUAUGGCCCUACUCACGUACCCGUGGCUGUAGACGUCAGUGCUGGGCCGCUGGCUACAGCUCUGGCUGAGAUCUAUGCUGCACAGCUGCCUUCCCAGAAUGCCAUUCCUGCCACUAAUAUAACAGAUUUGUCGGAGUACGUGCUAUAUAAUGCCAUGAGGGAGGGCGGGGCUUUCAAUGAGCACUGCGUGGUGGGCGCGACUUUCAGGGGCCGAUCCAGGAAGAACACGGAGGUCAUCGGCUACUUCAACAACCAGGGCUAUCACACCCCCGCUACGGCACUCAUGCUGGUUGACAACGCUCUCUACAAGCUACUGGCCGGACCCGACGCCUCCAUCCAGACUGGAAAUUACCCCAUGCCCCGCAACAUGUCUGAGACGGCCCAGAGCCAGCUUUCUGAGGGUCAGACAGGCUUCGCCAUCGCUAUAAACCUCAUGUACGGCAUGGCAUCAUUAGCCAGCACCUUCGCCCUGCUCCUCGUCUCUGAGCGGUCGGUGAAGUCCAAACAUGUGCAGCAGGUCAGCGGUGUCUACCUGUCCAACUUCUGGUUCUCUGCCCUGCUGUGGGACCUCAUCAACUUCCUGUUGCCCUGCCUGCUCAUGCUGGUGGUCUUCCAGGUGUUUUCAGUGAAAGCAUUUGUGGCUGAAAACCACCUGGUGGAUGUUCUGCUGUUGCUGCUUCUGUAUGGCUGGGCGGUGAUUCCCCUCAUGUACCUGCUCAGCUUCAUGUUCUCCUCGGCCGCCACCGCUUACACGCGCCUCACUAUCUUCAACAUCCUCAGCGGCACAGCCACCUUCCUCGCGGUCACCAUCAUGACCAUACCUGAGCUCAAGCUGGUAGACCUGUCUCACCUCCUGGAUAAGGUCUUCCUGAUCUUCCCGAAUUACUGCUUGGGCAUGUCCUUCAGCGAGUUCUAUCAGAACUACGAGAUCAUCACUUUCUGCACCUCCAGUGUCUUGGCCGAGUACAUUUGCAAGUACUACAACAUCACGUAUCAAGUAAACUACUUUUCCAUGGAUGAGCCUGGAGUGGGUCGCUUCCUGGUGGCCAUGUUCCUGCAGGGUGUCGUCUUCAUCGCCCUGCUUUUCUUCAUUGAGCUCCGGUGCAUCCAUGUGCUGCUCAACCUCUGCAGGAGACACAAGAAGAUUUUGCUGUUGGCAGAAGAAGCUCUUCAACCUGAGGACAGAGAUGUUGCGGAGGAGAGAAAAAGAGUUUUGGAGUGCCAGCCAGUGGUUGAGUCCAUGGUGGGCAGCCCACUUAUCCUACAGGAGCUCAGCAAGGUAUAUUCAGGUGGGCAGUCGUUGUUAGCGGUGGACCGUUUGUCUUUGGCCGUUGGGAAGGGCGAGUGCUUUGGUUUACUGGGAUUUAAUGGAGCAGGGAAGACUACGACAUUCAAAAUGUUGACGGGUGAUGAAAGCAUAACUUCAGGAGAUGCCUUUAUUGACGGCUACAGCAUCCUCCGAGAUGUGAAAAAGGUGCAGCAGAGAAUUGGCUACUGUCCCCAGUUUGAUGCGCUGCUAGAUCACAUGACAGGGCGGGAAACCCUGAGCAUGUAUGCCAGACUGAGGGGCAUCCCAGAGAAAUACGUUACAGCCUGUGUAGAAAACGUCCUGCGUUCGCUGCUGCUCGAACCUCACGCUGACAAACUUGUCCGCAGCUACAGUGGCGGCAAUAAGAGGAAGUUGAGUGCAGGCAUGGCUCUAAUCGGUGGGCCGCCUGUGAUCUUCCUGGACGAGCCAUCUACUGGCAUGGACCCUGUGGCCAGACGGCUGCUUUGGGACGCAAUUACACGCACCAGAGAGUCUGGCAAAGCCAUCAUCAUAACCUCACACAGUAUGGAGGAGUGCGAGGCGCUGUGUACUCGGCUGGCUGUCAUGGUGAACGGCCAGUUCAAAUGUCUGGGCAGCCCGCAGCACCUGAAGAGCAAGUUUGGUAGCGGUUACACGCUGCUGGCAAAGGUCCGCGUGGACACGGAGUUAGAGGAGAUGGACCUUCAGCUCUUCAAAGACUUCAUUGAAAGCACCUUUCCAGGAAGUUUACUGAAGGAUGAACACCAGGGAAUGGUCCACUAUCACCUGACUGACAAAACUCUCACCUGGGCACAGGUGUUUGGUGUUUUAGAAACAGCCAAAGAGAAGUACAGCAUCGAGGACUACUGCGUCAGCCAGAUCUCACUGGAGCAGGUGUUCCUCAGCUUCGCCCAGUUCCAGCACUGCGCCGAGGCCUGCAGGAAAUGACACGCUCAAGCACUAAAGGGGCGGAGCUCCUCGAUCGGACCUUCACCUGAAGAGUAGAAGUGUGACAUUCCUCCUCCAGAUUGCGACAAUGGAGGAUUUUUUGAAGUGCAACAUGGGCUUUGUGUAAUUUCGCAGAUGACCACUAGAGGACGUACAGUGCACUUUUUUGUUUUUUUACAUCUGCAUCAAACCGAAUGUGUCUUUAGAUACACUAAAUGUGUGAUUCUGUCACAGAGCAAAAAAACCACAAGCUUUUGUUUUGUUUUAUCUUGCACUACUGAUGUGGACCAAUUCAUGCACCUUCACAAAGAUCCAUAAAAGAGCCCACAGAAACAUGACGUUUUGCAAUUCAAGAUGGUUUAUUGUAAGAUCAGUUCGUAAAAUCAUUCUUAUGUCAGUUUUUUGCAUUGAAUGUAUUUUAUGAACUUGUAUUUCAUGUUUCCGAGGCUCAGUGACUCUCAGGUCAUCCUGCUCUUUUCUACAUCGUUAAUGC